CACCACAUUGAAAGAUAAGUUUUUCUUCUAUCUUUUGGCCAAUAAGUUAAAAAUCAAAACUAUUACAUCAAAAUAGGAAAUAUUAAAAAGUAGUCAAAUCUUGAAGCCAACUUUUAAAGCCUUAAAAAAUGAAGAAUAUUUUAAAGUGAUGUCUUAAAAUAAUAAAAAAUAAAAUUGUCAUAAGGUGCAGAGAAUGCCGCUCUAUAGUUGGAGAUAUUUUUCAAUGUAAUGUCUACCCCUAGUAGAAGACCCAGUUAACCAAACCAUUGAAUUGUUAAAGCUGGUGUGUGGUGUGGAUCAAUCAGAGCUCAUACAAACUCGAAUCGAAUCGACUGUUGUGUGUUGUGACGAAAGCAGCCUCGUCUUGGUCUUCAGCAGCUACCAGCAGAGAGAAAUCGAAUCACUUAACAACGUGGUGUUAGCAGUGGCCCCAAGUUUCGGUCAUAAGCACUUAGUCGAUACUCCCGAAAGCAUUCAGUCGAUAGAAUUUAGUCCGGUAGAAGUUUCGAAGGAAAAUCAUCGAACAAUUAAUUAAAUAAAUCGCGGUAUAAACUUGAGUGAUAGUGAUUGUACGUUCGAGUGAUUUUUGCACUUUCAUAGUAUCGGUCCUUACUUUCUUUUCUUUUGUCCAUUCUUUUGCUUGUUAUUCCUUUGGAUUUUAUUGUCAAAUAACCGUCAAUAUAUUUUAAUUAUAAAAAAGACAAUCUUAUAUUAAAAAAAAAGCACAAUGGCUUGUUUCGGGAGUUCUAGUCUUAGAUGUAUCCGUCGAUCUCAGGCAGAUACAUUUUUAUGUCACUUGUUCUUAAAUCGCAGCAUAGUGAAUAAAACUAUUGCCUCUUCAAGAUAUUUGGGCGCAUCAGCAGCAGAUCUAUCGUUCGCUAGAUCUUUUCAUGACUUUCGAGAUUCAAAGCGUUUAUUUAAAAAUUCUUCGUUUGAUUGCGACUCAAAGACUCAAAAUAGUAAGACACUAUCCACAAAGUCUUCAGUUAAUUCAAAUACGUGCCACAGACCAUACAGCUCAGUUCAUACACAACUGCCAGUUGGUUCCGUUCCUGAUUCACAAGUCGAUCCUUAUAUUUUAUUGGAUGAUCAGUUGAGACAUUUUUAUGAUGAUGUCAGACAGAUAUUGCGGCAGAGUACGAGUCAAAUUGAAUUGGAAACAAUUUCAACAUAUUACUUUGAUGGACAAGGUAAAGCACUUCGGCCGAUGGUGUCGUUGCUAAUGGCAAGAGCUAUAAACCACCAUUUAAACAAAGAAUCAAGACACAUUCUAUCCAUGCAAAGACAAAUAGCACUGUUCUCAGAAAUGGUGCAUUCAGCUAGUUUAGUUCAUGAUGACGUUAUCGAUCAAUCAGACUUCAGACGAGGAAAACCCAGCGUGAAUGCUUUAUGGAAUCACAAGAAGGUUACAAUGGCUGGAGAUUAUAUUCUUUCAGUGGCAUCCAUAAUGAUAGCACGUUUGGGAAAUAACGAUGUGACGAUUAUACUCAGCCAGAUUCUGGCAGAUCUAGUCCAAGGUGAAUUCAUGCAACUUGGUUCAAAGGAAACGGAAAACGAACGGUUUGCACACUAUCUUACAAAAACAUACAGGAAGACGGCUUCGUUGAUAGCAAACACACUUAAAUCGACAGCAGUAAUUGCGGGAGCAAACGACCAGAUAGCUGAAAUCGCAUUCCAAUACGGAAGGAAUAUUGGCUUGGCAUUUCAAUUGGUUGACGAUAUGUUAGACUUUGUCUCAUCAACAGAAACAAUGGGAAAACCAACUGCGGCAGACUUAAAAUUAGGAUUGGCAACGGCGCCGGUGUUGUUCGCAUGUGAAAAGUAUCCUGAACUUAAUCCAAUGAUAAUGAGACGCUUCAGUGAACCUGGUGAUGUCGAGCGAGCAUUCGAAUUGGUCCACAAAUCGCACGGUCUGGAACAAACGAAAUUUUUAGCUAAAAAACAUUGUGUUGAAGCGAUGCGAUUGGCACAAGAACUGACUGAUUCACCAUAUCAAAAGGGUCUGCAGGUUGUUGGAGAUUUAGUUAUUAAUCGUAUGAAAUGAAGACAUUUAAUUGUCAUAAAAACUCAAUUCUAAGUUGUGAAUUAUGUAAAUAAUUUUAAUACAAUACAAAAAAAAAUAUUUAUAAAACAAAAACACAAUCGCAAUACCGAAAUGAUAAAACUUUAAACAUAUUGUUUUUUUUUUUUCAUUUAUCCAUUACUCCAAUUGCCUUAUGUCACCUUAAAUAAAGUACAUAAAAUAUAUAAAAUAAACUUUAGUAAACAGGGAACCCAGUCUAUUUAAAGAAUAAUUUUAUUAAAAAGUAAUUUACACAUAGACAAAAUAUUUUAUUUUUGGUUUACAAAGAUUUGUUUCUAUAAAGUUUGUUAUAUAUUUAAAAAAAAAUUGAAACAUAGUUAAAAAUAAUAGAAAUGUAAACUAGUGCUAUUAAUACAAAUAAUCAAUGUAUUUUUAAUUUACUUUUGUACAUUUCAGCAAGUUGAAUAAAAAAAAGAAAAUAAGCCGUUUCUGGAAUCGUUAUUAGCAUAAAUAAAUACAUUAUAUGUUAUUGCUGUUUGCAAAACAGUCUUAAGUUUUUAUUAUAAUUUUAAAAUAAAAGACAAAGUCCAACUUUAGUAAAAUAAAAGAAAUGUAUUUCGGUUAAACUAAUAUUAAGAAGAAUAUUUCACUUGACGUGUAAAA